AUGAAUAGUAUUCGUAGAAAGAAUGUCAAGAGUGUACCAACGAUACCUUCACCUGCAGCUGAUAGUUCGCCGUUGCAAGAUCAAUUACUAGAUGAACAGAAGCAAGAGAUAUAUGAAGCCUUUUCACUAUUUGAUAUGAAUAAUGAUGGGUACUUGGAUUACCAUGAAUUGAAGGUUGCAAUGAGGGCAUUGGGCUUUGAUCUUCCUAAGAGAGAGAUUCUAGAUCUAAUAGAUCAGUACGAUAGAGAUGGGCGUCAUUUGAUGCAGUAUGAGGAUUUUUACAUGAUAAUGGGUGACAAAAUAGUGAAAAGAGACCCACUCGAUGAGAUUAAAAGGGCAUUUAAACUGUUUGAUGAUGAUCAAACAGGCAAGAUUAGUCUAAAGAACUUAAGAAGGGUUGCUAAGGAAUUAGGUGAAAAUUUGACAGAUGAAGAGUUAAGAGCCAUGAUUGAAGAGUUUGACCUUGACGGAGAUGGUGAAAUAGAUGAACAGGAGUUUAUAGCGAUUUGCACCGAUAGCUAA